UCCGCUGUCCUUCUCUCCGCCCUGGCUGGCGGCGCUGCGGCGCAAGAUUCCCACACGUGGAACGGCCAGUACGAGUAUGGAAACAUGUUCUACAGCGGCCCGACGGCCGACGGUGUCUACAUCACCAAGGCGACGUACUCGCUGGUGGCUCCCAAGACGCCCACCGGCGCGGCGACCAGCGGCGGUAACGAGGAGCUCGCCUUCUGGAUCGGUAUCCAGAACUCCCCGAACGGUGGAGAUGUCCUGAACGAGAACUUCGUCCAGCCCCUUCUCAACUGGGCGCCCUCGCAGAAGGACACUGGCUGCGAUGCCACUGAGAAGCAGUGGUGCAUCACCACCAGCACCUACACUCCCCAGGGCCAGCUGCCUGCUGGCUACAAGCCCCUCGACCCCGGCGCGUCCGUCGACUUUGAGAUUGUUGUCGACGGCUCCGUCACGCAGACCGUCUACGUUGACGGCGAGGUCUACCAGCAGCAGACGGACAGCGAGGGCAUGAAGCCCGGCGUCUUCUACGGCUCCAACGAGUGCUACCUCCAGAACUGCGGUUCGCUGGACGCGUACUCGUACACCGACAUCGUCGUCGAGCUGUCCGAGGCCGACCCCAACUUCGGCGACACCCUGUCCCUCACUGGCGCCACCAGCGACGGCUUCACCACCAGCGAUGGCGGCAAGACCUGGAAGAACGCCAAGAUCACGAUCAACAAGGACACCCUGGCUUAAGAUGGUGCAGCGGGUUCUGCACUAGCCGGUGUUUGUUUUACUUUCG